AUGCCGCCAUAUUUGAAAAUAUACGAUGGCACCACGGAUUCGGAGGAUCACCUGAUUCACUAUGUCACCGCUGUAAAAGGCAACGAUCUGUCGAAAGAACAAGUUCCCUCAGUACUGUUGAAAAAAUUCGGUGAAACUCUGACAGAGGGAGCGCUGACAUGGUACUCCCAACUACCAGCGAGGUCAAUAUCGACAUUCGAAGAAAUGGCAGAUAAGUUCGUAACCGCCCACGCGGGAGCGAAAAAGGCGGAAGCCAGAGUAAAUGACAUCUUCGCCGUCAGACAAACGAUGGGCCAGGGACUUCGAGACUUCCUAGCCAGAUUUAACAGGGUAAGAAUGAGCCUACCCAACGUUUCGGAGGGAAUGGCGGUGGCAGCCUUCCAGAAUGGGUUAAACAGAAGCGGGUCGAAAGCAACCAAAAAAUUGUUGAGCAGGCUCAUGAAAUACCCUCCCACUACAUUGGAAGAAAUCCAUAACGCCUAUUGUGCCGAAGUAAGAGCGGAUGAGGAAGACUUGAAUGGACCGCUCCAACGGUUAACAUCGGUCCAGACCGAAGCAAGAAGGGAGCGCCUAUAUGCACUGGAAAAGCUCGGCAAAAAGGUGCAGUGGCCGCAAAAGAUGAAGUUGGACCCCCGGAGAUCGAACGUUCUGUGUGAAUUCCACCAGGAAAAGGGACACAAAACCGAAGAUUGCAUAGGUCUGCGGCAAGAAGUAGUAAGAAUGUUAAACCAGGGGCACCUGAAAGAACUGCUGAGCGACCGAGGACGAACCAACUUCGCUCGAGGACGCGAUCAACCUCAGGGACCACCGAAGCCACCCUCGCCAGCCCGUAUCAUACAAAUGAUCAUCGGAGGCAGCGACGAUGCAGCAAUCAACCAUGUGAAAUUCACCACCACACAUAAACUCAAGCGGACAGUCGCCCAUGAACGAUAUGCCAGGAAUCCCGAGGGAUAUCGCCACACACAAGCUAAAUGUCGAUCCUCUGUACCCGCCGGUGUGACAAAUGAGGAGAAAGUUUAA